AUGCAGCCACCGCCGAGGAAGGUGAAGGAAAGCCAGCAGGUGAAGCAGGUGUUCUCAGAGCAACUGGGGAAACUGCACACCAAACAGCAGCUGGACACUGAACUGCUGGAAGAGAUGAGGUGUUUCAGUAAACAAAGAGCAGCUAUAGAGAAAGACUAUGGGCAGACUCUGCAACGCUUGGCUGCUCAGUACCAGAAGAGAGACUGGCAGAGAGGAAAGACUGAUGCAGUUACGUUUGGCAGUGUGUUCGGUAUUUGGCGGUCCGUUCUAGACGCCAGUGCUAAAAGUGCCGUAGCGCGAUUGGCCGCAGCAGAAGAGUACCGCUCGCUCCUAGGAGAAACGUCAAGGAGCCUUCGCUGUGCAAAGGAAGUUCGAGCUAAGAGGGGCUUGGAGCUGCUCCAGAGGGUUCAAGUGGAGGUGGUGGAGGCGAUACGGGAGCUGAACCGGAUCAAGAAGAGGUACCACCAGCUGGGCCACAUCGCAGACGCAGCCCGAGAAAAGGCCGCCGAGGCACAGGCCAGGGCCCGGAAGAGUGACCAUAGAAUCUUCCACUUCAGAACAGGACUACAGAAAAUGAGCGCCAAGCUCAGUUCCAGGUUAAAAGAGUGUGACGACCGUUUGCAUGAAGUUCGGAAUGAAUACCUGCUCUCCCUGGCCGCUGUGAACGCUCACCUGCACCACUACUACACUGUUCAGCUGCCACACAUUAUGGAGCGUAUGGACGGGGACGUUUAUGACCAGCUGAGGGGCCAUUUCAACCUGCUCUGCAACACGGAGAUGAGCGUGUGCCUCGCCACACACACCGAGUACAGCCGAAUCCUGGACUCUGCCGCCAAGGUGACCAGCGAGCGCAGUGUUCAGCACAUUCUGCAGGAAGGGCUGUCCUCCGGCGCCCCCCUGCGCCUGGCCUUCCAACCGACCGUCAGCGACGGGGUAGGUAUUCCCAAGUCCCUCCCCGCCACCAACACCUCACAGGGGACAGGCAGGAAGGAAGACCCCGUGAAUGGACUCCAGGAGGUCUGCGGCUCCGGGGGGGAAAGCGGUCUGAACAAGGAAGCCAGGAAAUGGGCCAGCAAGGUGGCUAAAGACUACAAGAUCAUCAGCCAUGGAACAAGGGCCCUGCAGAGCCUAGAGAGCAGGGUGCAGCUCUUACCGAAGGAGACGGGGCUCAGUGUGGAGCAGAGGAUGCUGGAGGUGGAGGAGACUAUCAGGAAGGCCAAGGUGAGCCGGGUGAGGGCGGAGGCGCGGCUGGCUCUGCUGGAGGAGCGCGGGGUGGGGGUGGAGCAGUGGCUGGGCCCCGCCCUCAGGCAGGCCCACGAGGAGCUGGAGGGGGAGAGGACGCUCAGCGAGCAGAGGCGCUCCACUGGGGGCGGCUCGGAGGAGGAGUUUGACCUGACUGACUUGGAGGACUUUGAAGAGGAGGACGGAGACAUCUUUGUGGAUCUGUCCUCUGCGUCUGUAGUCUGUCUGUACCCAGCAGCAUGCAGAGUGGUGUAUGACUACCAGGCUAGCCAGUCAGAUGAGCUGUCCAUCGUGGAAGGGGAGGAGCUCCAGGUGAUCGAAGAAGGUGACGUGGAGGACUGGCUGAAGGUGUGUAACUCGUGCGGUCAGGUGGGCUAUGUGCCGGAGCGCUACGUGCAGUACCUGUGUCUGCCAGCAGAGGACUCUGUGCAGCUGGACUGUUCCUUCAGCUCCUGUUUCUCUAUCGGGAACAUCAGAAGUGGGCCUACAGGGAUGGCCAGAGCGUUGUACGCCUACCAGGCCCAGAGUGCGGAGGAGCUGUCCUUCCAGGAGGGGGCGCUGAUCCGCCUGCUGCGCUGUGGCCAGGGAGAGGUGGACGAUGGCUUCUGGGAGGGGGAGCUGGGCGGCCGGGUGGGUGUGUUCCCCUCCCUGGUGGUAGAGCUGCUGUCAGAAGACGGGGGGGACGAGGACGAGGACGAGGACGAGACUCCGCCCACCCCGACCAGCUCCCCUCCGGGCCCCUCCUACUCCCCCCCUCCCCCGGUCCCUCACCCCUCUCUGGCCCCGGCCGGCCCGUACCCCCACCCCCAGCCCCGGACGCACCCCCCUCUCGUCUCUACCCUGUCCAGGGGUCAGGGGAAGCAGCAGGCGGUCCCCACGCCUCUCCUGGGAGAUUCAGACCAGUGA